GGCUCCCAGCUGUAGGUCAGGGAUGGCCUCGCUGCUUCCUGGAUGUGGAGGAGACGAAGCCCGAUCCAGAGCUCAUGUUGGUCGUCAUGGCCUCGCUGGAUGGAAGCACGCCGACUGAGACGCUGCUGGCAGCCAUCCAUCUGGAGAGGUACCUGGACUCCUUCCGUAGAGCCGGUCUCCUAUUGGCUAGAGACUUCACACACCUGGAUCAUGACGCCUUGGUCAGCCUGGGAAUAACCGCCACCGGACACAGGAAGAGAAUCCUACGAUUGGUCAGUUACAUUCAGAGGACAGAAGCUCAAAGAGCCAAUCAGAAAGCAGACCUCCCACGUGACCGCUGUCAGUCGGUGACGGAGCGAGGUCACAGCGCCGUACCAGGACCCGAACACUUCGAGGCGUUAAGGAACAGCUCGGCGCCGAACCUCGCCGCCAUGCUGACCAACGCUGAGUCUAAGAGAACUGUGAUGAAGCCGGUUCCCAAACCCAGAACCGUCUUCAACCGCCGCCGGACCACACCGGUCCACUUCUGCCCCACCCCCGACCCUGCACCGCCGCUGCCCAGGAGGCUCUCCCAGGAGUCUGUUUCUGGAAUCUGUUUAACUGCUAUAGAGGGUCUAAGCUCAGGAGACACGCUGGCACCUGCCAACAGGUUGACCUCUGACCUCAACCAGAAGCCGGCCAACCGCAGAGCGAACCAGGACAAGCUGCGGGCGAGUCGCAGCUUGUCUCUAACGGACUCUGGUGGGUUGCUGCCUCCCGUUCCCCCGAGGCUGAACCGCGGAGUCUCUCCCGCCACAUUCCAGGGUUCCCCACCCUCUUCCUCUCCUUCUUCACCCAUACGGACAGACCAGAACCAGACACCUCCUGUGUCUUCAUUGACUUCCUCUCCCGGUAGUCUUGACAACGGGAGGCUCUCUGGUUCCUCUCCGUUGGGUUCACCCAGGGGAGGUGGGAUGGAGAUGGUCUCUAAUGAGAUCUACUGGGGCACUUUGCCUGGGUCUACUGCCCCCAGUGGAGGGAGGAGUUACUGCAGCCAGCAGUCAGCUCCUCCCACUCCUCCAAGACAAACUCCUCACAGGAACCUGGAGAGGAACAGUGGCAGCACUUUAAGUAACAACUCUUCAGGUUCAGCCAGAGCUUCCACAGACGACCCCGAGGAGGAGAUCAGCCCUUACUGUGAAACUGUUUUCCAAUCCAGAAGGCCUCCUCAGAUCUGUGAGAGUGAAAGAAACCGACUGGAAGGAACAAAGCGGGAGGACGAGAGACACCUAGAGGAUCAUGGGAGUCACAAGUUUUCCUGGACGAGGCGUUUGUCUCAGGCUCUUCACUCCGGAGACUCUCAGGGUUAUAGCACCGUCGGUGAAGCUCCACCCCCCCUGCGCAGCCUCACCUUGCCCCCCCACACCUUCCCUUCAGAAACUGACGAGGACCUGAUCAUCUCCCCCUACGCCAGCUACACCUCCCUGACCGAGAGAGCCCCGCCCAUCAUCAGCGGCUGGCUGGACAAGCUGUCACCGCAGGGGAACUAUGUUUUCCAGAAGCGCUACGUGAAGUUUGAUGGUAAAAACUUGAUGUACUUCGGCAGCGAGAAGGACAUCUACCCUAAAGGAGUCGUCCCAUUGGCUGCCAUUCAGAUGGCCCGCCCCGCCAAAGACAACAAGUUCGAAAUCGUGACGAGUCAUCGGAUCUUUGUGUUCAGGGCUGAUAAUGAAGUGCUGAGGCGGCGCUGGGUCUCCACGCUGCAGGAACACGUCAGAGAUCAGCUGGUGUUCGGUCGGCGGCGCUUCGGUCCCGGUUCUCACUGCCAGAAACACGGAGUCCUCGAGCUGAAAGGAACCAAAUCCAAAGUGUACGCGGCCAUCAACACGGAGCAGAUCUGGCUCUACAAGAGCGAACAGUGUUUUCGUAACGGGAUCGGCAUCACGCUGAUCGAAGCUCGCGGAUCGACGAUCAGAGAUGGAAAGCACAAGAGCUUCGACCUCAUCACGCCGUACAAAACCUUCAGCUUCACGGCCGAGUCGGACCGGGAGAAGCGGGACUGGAUGGAGGCGCUGCAGGAGUCCAUCGCGGAGACGCUGUCGGACUACGAGGUGGCCGAGAAGAUCUGGUCCAACCGCUCCAACAGGAUGUGUGCUGACUGCAAGGCCCUGAACCCCGACUGGGCCUCCAUCAACCUGUGUGUGGUCAUCUGCAAGAACUGUGCAGGGCAGCACAGAGGUCUGGGGACGAUGGUUUCUAAAGUUCAGAGUCUGAAACUGGACACGAGCGUUUGGAGCAACGAGAUCGUCCAGCUCUUCAUCAUGUUGGGGAACGACCGGGCCAACGACUUCUGGGCGGCUCGGAUGUCAGUGUCAGAGGAGAUGGAUUGUGAUGCGUCUGCUGAGCAGCGGCGAGAGUUCAUCACUCAGAAAUACAGAGAGGGGCGAUAUCGCCUCCCCCACCCUGCAUUCAACCACCAGGAGGAGCUGCUCAAGGUUCUGUGCUCGGCCGUCUCUGAACAGACUCUUCUGAAAACCGUCACUCAGAUUUUCUCGGAGGCAGAAACAGCUCGCCUCAACGACUCCAACGGCUGCCUACCGGAUCACCCGCUGGAUCACUGCACCGCAUCAGAUCCAGGUGUGUAUGAUGAGAUCAUGCAGUCCGUCCUGCACUCCGGUUAUCUCUACAAGUCCAACUGUGUCAACAGAGGAACACUGUCGAGAAAAACACGAGACGACUUCCAGAAGUUCUGGUGUUCUGUGGAUCAGUCUCUGCUGUUCUACGAGUCGGACCGAUCAGCUGAUCCCUGCAUGCAGAUCAGCGUUAAAGACAUCGUGUGUUUAGGAAUCAGCCGACCGGAUUCAUCCAAUAACAGCAACAACGGCUUCAUCGACAGGUUUCGUUACACGUUUGAAAUGUAUCUGACGUCAGAGAAACUUUAUCAGUUUGGUUUGGAGACGGCCGACGCUCUGCACAGCUGGACCAAAGCUAUCGGGAAGGCUGCGACGCCGCUCAGCUGUCACUGUCUGCUGACUCGGGAGUUUGAGCGUGUGGGUCUGCUGCGGUACCGAGCCAUGCUGGACCCUCAGCAGUGGAAGGAGGCUUACUUCGUCCUGCAGAAGUCCAACCUCUUCAUCUGUCCCCGACACGACGGCGCCGCCGAGGACAUCAUCAAUCUGAACCGCCUGCAGGAGCUCAGUAUUGUUGCCUCCGAGAGCGAGAACCACGAGAAGAAAGACAUCCUGGUUUUAGUGGAGAAGGGACGGACUCUGCACCUGCAGGGCGUCGGUCGGACAGACUUCUCUCUGUGGUACUCGGACAUCCAGCGAGCGGCCGGCGGGAAAGGAAACACUCUGAGGGAACAGCAGCUGAGCAGGAACGACAUCCCCAUCAUCGUGGACAGCUGCAUCGCCUUCAUCACACAAUACGGUCUGGGCCACGAGGGGAUCUACAGGAAGAACGGAGCCAAAUCCAGAAUCAAGCUGCUGAUGGAAGAGUUUCGUAAAGACGCUCGAAACGUCAAACUGCGGAUUGGAGACCACUUCAUCGAAGACGUGACGGACGUCCUGAAGAGGUUCUUCAGAGAGAUCGACGACCCGAUCUUCAUGGAAGACCUGCACCCGCUGUGGCAGGAGGCCGCCAAAAUCCCUCAGAAGAGUCAGAGGUUCGACCGCUACAAGGAGAUCAUCCGGAGUCUUCCUCGAGUCAACAGGACGACUCUGGCGGCUCUGAUCAGCCACCUGUACAGAGUGCAGAAGUGUGCCGGUCUGAACCAGAUGUGCACCAAGAACCUUUCCCUGCUGUUCGCUCCCAGUCUGUUCCAGACCGACGGGAAAGGAGAGCACGAGGUGAAGAUCGUGGAGGAUCUGAUAGACAACUACCUGUACGUCUUCGAUAUCGAUGAAGAGCAUCAGACUCAGAUCGAACUGGAAAUCAGUCUCAUCACCACCUGGAAGGACACGCAGCUGUCUCAGGCUGGUGAUCUGAUCAUCGAGGUUUAUCUGGAGAUGAAGAUACCAGACUGCUGCAUGACUCUCAAAGUGUCUCCCACCAUGUGUGCUGAGGAGCUGACCAAUCAGGUUCUUUACAUGAGGAACGUCCCGGCCGGAGAAAAAGACGUCUGGAUGACGUUUGAGGCCAUCGAGGACGGACAGCUGGAGCGUCCGUUACACCCUAAGGAGAAAGUCUUGGAGCAGGCGCUGCAGUGGUGCAAGAUGGCCGACCCGAGCUCAGCUUACCUGGUGGUGAAGAGAGUUCCUAAAGGAGAGGGCAUCAACAUCCUCACCUCCUAUAAGAGUGAGAUCAUGAAGAUCGGGCUGCUGAGGUGUCGUGAGGAACCUCCCAAACUGCUUCAGGGGAACAAGUUCCAGGAGAGAACGUUCCAGAUCAAAGAGCACAAGCUGCUGCUGCUCAAAGACAAGAAGAGCAUCAAACCAGAGAAGGAAUGGGCUCUGAAGUCCAUGAAGAUCUACAUCGGCAUCCGCAGGAAACUGAAAGCUCCGACCAGGUGGGGCUUCACUGUGAUAUCAGACAAACACCAGCUCUUCCUGUGCUGCUCCUGUGAAGCCGAGCUUUGGGAUUGGAUCACCAGCUUCCUCAAAGCUCAGAACGAUGACCCCGGUGCUCCGGUGCUGCGGCGACACUCCUCCUCAGACUUCUCCAAGCAGAAGUUCGGCACGAUGCCGCUCGUACCAAUCAGAGGAGACGAGAGCAACAACAGCAUGCUGUCGGCCAAUCAGACGCUGAGAAAACUACACGACAGACGAACUCUCUCCAUGUACUUUCCCAUGAAGGUCCAGCAGGACUCGUUUGAGGAGCGUUCAGAGUCUCUGGACCUCCCUGAGCCGCUCUACGAGGAGGUCGGUGACUUCGGCCUGCAGGUCCUCAAAUCUCUGGAGACCAGCUUCCUGUCCAGCAGCGCAGCAGAGACGCAGGAAGUCCCGCACCGCCUGCCGCUCAGACUCGUUCCUGUGGAAACCGCAGGGCCGGACCUCUCCGCGGUGCCCGACCCGGUGCGGAGCGUCGCCGGCUCCACGGACGCUCCGGAGCCGAGCGGAGCAGACGGAGCCGCGGACCCGGACACUGUGCAGCCGCCUGCAGCCACCAGGAGGCAGCAGAGAGUCUGCACUCCGUCACAGGAGCUGCUGCUGCUGGAGCUGUCCUCUGCUUUCAACAAGAAGACUGAGGAGGAAGAGGAGGAGGAGGAGGAAGAGGAGGAGAGGCCGUAUGAUGUCUGAGACGUUUUAUCACAGCAGAGUAAAAUCAGUUUGUUCUGGAGUCAGGAGGAAAGUCUGCAUCUCAUUUAUUACACAUUAGAUUUAGAUUCAUGAUUAAAAAGCUGAUCAGCUGAUCUCAGCUUAUUCUUACAUGGAGAAUAUUUCUAAAUGAUCAAUAACAAAUAAUUACUAUCAGGACCAAAGAGAGUAAAACACAACAUUAAUAAACAGGAUGAGA